AUGACUUUGAAGCAGUCUCAAUCUUCAUUACUGAAUGUCAUUCUCAAAACUCUUUCACACCUCUCUGAGUCAAAAGCCUCUCGACAAGACAAUCAGGUGCCAACUCAUCCGCCGAAUCAUCCCCAACAUGCCGCUCACAAUGGCAUUCAAGCUCUCCCUGUAUCAGAUCGGGAUAGAGCUCGAUCGGUCUUCCUAACCCUCCACAUGCUAUUCCCUCAUGAACUCCUUCCUGCUCUUGAUCUUUUGGACCGAGGCUUGGUUACAAAACUUGUGGUGGAGCCUCCGGCGUUAAGGACAGACGAUCAAGGCGUCGCCGAAGGGAGAAGUUCUGUGGGCGAAGAUCGCUCCGUGCUCGAAUGCUCUGACCUGCAACUUCGACUUCAAUCGAACGAAAAAGGCUGGGAAAUCUUUUAUAUCCGAUCAUCAUCCACUGUGGACAAGCCUAUGUCGAAGACACGAUUCCAUCCUCGCCGCAGAAACACUAGCACGACGGGCUCGAUCUACGAAGUCCGUCUCGACAGUUGGAAUUGUACUUGCCCAGCCUUCAGCGUCAGUGUGUUUCAGAGCUUGAAUCUGCAAUUUGAUCAAGACUUUAGAGCAAACGAAGAUGAUGUUGAUGUUGGUCGAAUCGGCGACUCCAAAAGGAAGAUGAAAGAUGAUUGGAAAUUCGGUGGCACCGCCACCAUCAAAAUGGGCAGAAUACCAAGUUGCAAACACCUUGUGGCCGCAACCAUCGCGAAAGCUGCUCCGAGUCUGUUCACAGACGGCGUGAAAGAGACUAUAGUCUCGAGGGAAGAGAUGGUUGCAUGGGGAGGGGGAUGGGGAGAGCAUGUAGGCCCCUGA